CUGGACAAUGAUAACGGUUUCGAAUGACUGAGUAAAGACCGUUAGUCACAAGCUCAUUUUAUCAGUAUCAGGUUAAACGAACCACACAUGCAGUAAGAGUUACAAGGGAAGUAAUCCAUUACAGGAUUUCUUCGCACGAACUACAACAUGGAUAAUUUCAUCAGAAAUUGGAUUGGUUUGUUUAUUUUGGGAUCCAUAAACAACCUUCCAUAUGUUAUAGUGGUGUCUGCAGCUAAAACCAUUGCUGACAGUUUUAAUGAAAGGAAUCAAGUUGGCCUGGUUGUUGGAGCCAAUGUGGCCCUGUCUGUUGUUGUAAAAUUUGGCAACACAUUUUUCUUGCUGAAAACAAGAUAUUGGAUACGUUUUGUCAUCAACGCUAUCCUCAUGCUCAUUGGUCUGUUUGGUGUGGCGUAUGCGUUCAGUUUUUGGUUUGCUUUGGUCUGUAUUGUGUUUGUUGGAGCUAGUUCAGCUUUUGGAGAAAACGUUGCCCUAGGGUUUCUGCGUCUUUUCCCAAGUACGUUAGUGAAUGCCUGGUCCAGUGGUACAGGGAUGGCAGGGGUUCUAGGAGCUGGUAUCUACAUCAUAUUUGGUUGUGUGGUUGGGGCAGGUGGUCAGAACACAGCACAACUCAAAGACUUAACAAAGUAUGCGUUUCUCCUGACGACCCCUUUCGUAGCUCUGUAUCUGAUUAGUUACUUCUUCAUCAUCAAACCUCCUCAAUCAGAGGACAUUGAGACCAAUGUCCAGAGGUCAGUAAGGUCAGGGAAUGUCCAGGAAGGACGGGCGGAAGAGAAGGAGGAUGAGAGACCACUGAUGCAUGAUGCUGCCAGUGGGGAAGAGCAGGUGUUUGAGGCUCCAGCAGAGCAAUUGAUGAUAAAUGAAGAGACAAUGUGUAGAAAGGUUCUCAGGUGCUUAAAGAUAACAGGCUGGCUGUCUUUUAAUUUGUGUGCAGUGUACCUGUUUGAAUAUAUAGUACAAGGAUGUGCAGCUAAAGUGCGACCUAAGUCAGAGUACAACAUCGGCUGUCCUGAGCUGUAUGCAGCCUUGUCCCUGUGUUAUCAGGCUGGAGUAUUUGUGUCCAGAUCAUCUGUCCAAUUGUUACGUAUAAAGCGAGUGGAGAUACUGACUAUACUACAAGCUGUCAACAUGUUUAUCUGGCUGUUUGAUGUCCAUUACAAGUUUAUGCCAACAGCUAUUUUGCCUGCUGUUAUGAUAUAUGUUGGACUGCUUGGUGGUGCUUCAUAUGUAAACAUCUUUUACCGGCUACUACACGACGACAAGUAUCCAGACCAGGACAGAGAACUCUGUAUCAACAUCGUGGCUAUCUUCAUUACUCUAGGCAUUGUAUUAGGAACUGUGUCAGAGACUAUACUUUUCAAUACAGUCCUAAAAUCUGACUAG